ACAUAAUGAAGUACCUUUCCUUAGUAGCCAUCCUCGUCUUCGCUGCUGCUGCCGUCGCCAGACCCACCCCCAGUCAAGAAAAACGUCUUGCUGCACCUGCACAAGAAAAACGUAAUGCCCACAAGCGUGCUCCUACUCAAC